AGGUCCCCGAGAGCGCGGGAGGCGACGGAGGAAUGGCGGAGCCGGAGUGCGCGCCGUGGAGGGAGUGAAGGCGCCCCGGGAUCCGUCGCCAUCCGCGCCGCCCGUGAGGUGGACUGAGCCAGACCAGCCGGCACCAUGUUUCUUUAUAACCUAACUUUGCAGCGAGCCACUGGCAUCAGCUAUGCCAUCCAUGGCAACUUUUCAGGUACAAAACAGCAAGAGAUUGUUGUUUCUCGGGGGAAAAUUUUGGAAUUGCUUCGUCCUGAUCCGAAUACUGGGAAGGUUCACACCUUGCUGACGGUGGAAGUCUUUGGAAUUAUUCGUUCCCUCAUGGCCUUUCGUUUAACUGGUGGGACCAAAGACUACAUUGUGGUGGGCAGUGAUUCAGGCCGUAUAGUCAUCCUGGAAUACCAGCCCUCGAGAAAUGUGUUUGAGAAGAUUCACCAGGAAACCUUUGGCAAGAGCGGCUGCCGGAGGAUUGUUCCUGGACAGUACCUGGCCGUGGACCCGAAAGGACGAGCUGUCAUGAUCAGUGCCAUUGAAAAACAGAAGCUGGUGUACAUUCUGAACAGGGACGCAGCCGCCCGACUGACCAUUUCUUCUCCUCUAGAAGCUCACAAAGCCAACACUUUGGUCUACCAUGUGGUUGGAGUCGAUGUGGGCUUUGAAAAUCCCAUGUUUGCUUGCCUGGAAAUGGAUUACGAGGAAGCUGACAACGACCCCACAGGAGAAGCAGCGGCCAAUACCCAGCAGACGUUGACUUUCUACGAGUUAGAUCUGGGUUUGAACCACGUGGUCAGAAAGUACAGCGAACCCUUGGAGGAACACGGCAACUUUCUUAUCACAGUCCCUGGAGGCUCUGAUGGUCCCAGCGGGGUGCUGAUUUGUUCUGAAAACUAUAUCACCUACAAAAACUUUGGAGACCAGCCAGAUAUCCGAUGUCCCAUUCCCAGAAGGAGGAACGACUUGGAUGACCCCGAAAGAGGCAUGAUCUUUGUCUGUUCCGCUACACACAAGACCAAGUCCAUGUUCUUUUUCUUGGCUCAGACAGAGCAGGGCGAUAUCUUCAAAAUCACCUUGGAGACAGAUGAGGACAUGGUGACUGAAAUUCGACUCAAAUACUUCGACACAGUUCCUGUGGCUGCUGCUAUGUGCGUGCUGAAAACCGGGUUCCUCUUUGUUGCUUCUGAGUUUGGAAAUCACUACCUCUACCAGAUAGCCCACCUGGGCGACGACGACGAGGAGCCCGAGUUCUCCUCGGCCAUGCCCUUGGAGGAGGGGGACACCUUCUUUUUCCAGCCACGGCCCCUCAAGAACCUCGUGCUGGUGGACGAACUGGACAGCCUCUCCCCCAUCUUGUGCUGCCAGAUUGCCGAUCUGGCCAACGAAGACACACCGCAGUUAUACGUGGCCUGCGGGAGGGGCCCCCGGUCGUCUCUCAGGGUUCUCAGACACGGACUGGAGGUGUCUGAAAUGGCCGUCUCAGAGCUGCCCGGUAACCCCAACGCUGUGUGGACAGUGCGGAGGCACGUGGAAGAUGAGUUUGAUGCCUACAUCAUCGUCUCCUUCGUCAACGCUACCCUCGUCCUUUCGAUUGGAGAAACGGUAGAGGAAGUGACGGACUCUGGGUUCCUUGGGACCACCCCGACCUUGUCCUGCUCACUGCUGGGGGACGAUGCCUUGGUGCAGGUUUAUCCUGACGGCAUCCGGCACAUCAGAGCGGACAAACGCGUGAACGAGUGGAAGACGCCCGGGAAGAAGACCAUUGUCAAGUGUGCGGUGAAUCAGAGGCAGGUGGUGAUCGCGCUGACCGGAGGGGAGCUGGUCUACUUCGAGAUGGACCCGUCGGGGCAGCUGAACGAAUAUACGGAGAGGAAGGAGAUGUCGGCAGACGUGGUGUGCAUGAGCUUGGCCAACGUCCCUCCGGGAGAGCAGCGUUCCCGCUUCCUGGCGGUCGGCCUGGUGGACAACACCGUUCGCAUCAUUUCGCUCGACCCCUCGGACUGUCUCCAGCCUCUGAGCAUGCAGGCCCUCCCAGCCCAGCCCGAAUCCUUGUGCAUUGUGGAAAUGGGAGGUGCCGAGAAGCAGGAUGAGCUGGGGGAGCGAGGAUCCAUUGGGUUCCUCUACCUGAACAUCGGCUUGCAGAACGGUGUGUUGCUCCGGACAGUGCUUGAUCCAGUCACUGGAGACCUUUCGGACACACGGACCAGAUACCUCGGGUCGCGGCCUGUGAAGCUUUUCCGAGUCCGGAUGCAAGGCCAGGAAGCGGUGCUGGCCAUGUCGAGCCGUUCGUGGCUGAGUUAUUCCUACCAGUCCCGCUUCCACUUGACCCCGCUCUCCUACGAGACGCUGGAGUUCGCUUCCGGCUUUGCCUCAGAGCAAUGCCCAGAGGGCAUUGUUGCCAUCUCGACCAACACGCUGAGGAUUCUGGCGCUGGAGAAGCUUGGGGCCGUCUUCAACCAGGUUGCCUUUCCUCUACAGUACACGCCUCGGAAGUUUGUGAUUCACCCUGAGAGCAACAACCUGAUCAUCAUAGAAACUGACCACAACGCCUACACGGAGGCCACGAAAGCCCAGCGGAAGCAGCAGAUGGCCGAGGAAAUGGUGGAGGCUGCUGGGGAAGAUGAGAGGGAGCUGGCUGCCGAGAUGGCUGCGGCAUUUCUGAACGAGAACCUUCCCGAAUCCAUCUUUGGGGCCCCAAAGGCAGGGAACGGGCAGUGGGCCUCUGUCGUCCGAGUGAUGAACCCCAUCCAGGGAAACACAUUGGAUCUGGUCCAGCUGGAGCAGAACGAAGCUGCCUUCAGUGUAGCCGUGUGCCGCUUUGCCAACACCGGGGACGACUGGCACGUCCUGGUGGGGGUGGCCAAGGACCUGAUCCUGAAUCCCCGCUCUGUUGCCGGAGGCUUCGUCUACACCUACAAGCUGGUGAACAGUGGCGAGAAACUGGAGUUUCUGCACAAGACCCCUGUGGAGGAGGUGCCGGCCGCCAUCGCGCCCUUCCAAGGCCGUGUGCUCAUCGGCGUGGGGAAGCUGCUGCGCGUCUAUGACUUGGGCAAGAAGAAGCUGCUCCGGAAGUGUGAGAACAAGCACAUUGCCAACUACAUCUGCGGCAUCCAGACCAUUGGGCACCGCGUGAUCGUGUCGGACGUGCAGGAGAGCUUCAUCUGGGUGCGCUACAAGAGGAACGAGAACCAGCUCAUCAUCUUUGCGGACGACACCCACCCCCGCUGGGUCACCACUGCCUGCCUCCUGGACUACGACACCGUGGCCGGAGCGGACAAGUUUGGCAACAUUUGCGUGGUGAGGCUGCCGCCAAACACAAAUGACGAGGUGGACGAGGAUCCAACCGGCAACAAGGCUUUGUGGGAUCGUGGCCUCCUCAAUGGGGCUUCUCAGAAGGCAGAGGUGAUCAUGAACUACCACGUCGGAGAGACGGUGCUUUCUCUGCAGAAGACCACCCUGAUUCCUGGGGGGUCGGAGUCCCUGGUCUACACCACCUUGUCUGGAGGCAUUGGCAUCCUGGUGCCCUUCACCUCGCACGAGGACCAUGACUUCUUUCAGCACGUGGAGAUGCACCUGAGGUCUGAGCAUCCUCCCCUCUGUGGGCGAGAUCAUCUCAGCUUCCGCUCCUAUUACUUCCCUGUCAAGAAUGUCAUUGAUGGCGAUCUGUGCGAGCAGUUCAAUUCCAUGGAACCCAACAAACAGAAGAAUGUGGCCGAGGAGCUGGACAGGACCCCGCCGGAAGUCUCCAAGAAGCUGGAGGACAUUCGCACCCGCUACGCCUUCUGAGCUGGGCCUCGGGCUCCAAAGAAAUUUAGGCAAGAACCUGCUUCCCUCCCGCCCCCUGCCCCGUGCCUUUUCCUGGGGCAGAUGGGAAGGAGGCCAGCCUGUAAAUGGCACAUUCCCUUUGGGGAGCCUUUGUGUCUCUGGGGGACACCGCCAGCCUUCCUCUUUGCCCCCCCCGGCUGCUUUUGGACAGCACCCCCCCCUGCACCCUCCUCCUGAGGUCCCACCAAGCUGGCAGGAGGGGAGGGCUUCCCUCGCUCCAGGGCCAGGAUUCGAGAGGCCACUCUGGUUUGGAUGUUGUUCUAGUUUCCAUCAUCCUGUUUUUAAUCUCUUGUGUUGUAAAUAUAGUCUUGCACCAAGCUAGCCAUUGUUGAUUAAAAAAGGACCCUCACCCUCA